GCAAUUUAACGGCUCUUGUAUUUCUUUCUUAUAAACAAAGAAUCUAUUUUCCUCAUAUUCCCAGAAUCUUCCCUCUAACCCCAUCAUUUUUCUUUCUUUUGAUUCUCUCUCUCUUUUUUCCUCUGUUUUUGGUCUUUGGAUUCCCAGAGUUUCCUAAAAGAGACUAUAAUAAACACCCUUUCUCUUAAAAAAAUAAAAUAAAAAUCAACAGCGUAAACAUAAGCAUAACAUGUGUGUUCAGGAUGCAGAGCAGGUUAGUCAAGAAAUGGAGACUCUUGAUAAUACCAACAAUAACACCACCACCAAGAAGCAGUCUUGGCCUCUGCAUUGUGAAGUCUUGCAUACUCACAUGGAGAAUUGGGAUAAAGGCUCUUCUUUUAUUAAUUCUAGUGAUGGGAUCAGUGUUGCCGACUCUUCUCCUCUAGAAAGCAUUUCUGAGGAUAGAGUGGCUGUGGAGAGGAAACAGAAUCUGUUAACAAAUUUUAUCCCUGUCCUUCGCUCAGGAGAAUGGUCAGAUAUUGGUGGUCGGCCUUAUAUGGAAGAUACCCACAUUUGCAUUAAUGACCUAGCUAAGAAAUUUGGUUACGAUUUGCUGAGUGAGGAAUCAAUCUCUUUCUAUGGUGUAUUUGAUGGACAUGGAGGAAAGAGUGCGGCACAGUUUGUUCGCGACCAUUUGCCAAGAGUCAUUAUUGAGGAUGCAGAUUUCCCUUUAGAACUUGAGAAAGUGGUCAGAAGGUCAUUUAUCGAGACCGAUGCUGCUUUUGCUGAGACAUGCUCCCUUGAGUCUUCCCUCUCUUCUGGUACAACUGUACUCACUGCAAUGAUAUUUGGGAGGUCUUUGCUUGUGGCAAAUGCUGGUGAUUGUCGGGCAGUAUUAUCACGAGGCGGGACAGCUAUAGAAAUGUCAAAGGACCAUAGGCCUUGCUGCAUUAGGGAAAAAACAAGGGUCGAGUCUUUGGGAGGAUAUGUUGAAGAUGGUUAUCUGAAUGGUCAGUUAGGUGUUACCCGCGCAUUAGGUGAUUGGCACCUUGAAGGGAUGAAGGUGAAGGGAGAAAUGGGUGGCCCCUUGAGUGCUGAACCAGAACUUAAACUGAUUACACUGACCAAGGAAGACGAGUUUUUGAUCAUAGGAAGUGAUGGAAUAUGGGAUGUCUUUUCCAGCCAAAAUUCAGUAGCUUUCGCCCGGAGAAGACUUCGGGAGCACAAUGAUGUGAAAUUGUGUUGUAAAGAAAUGGUAGACGAAGCAAUAAAACGCGGAGCAACUGACAACUUGACGGUUGUGAUAGUAAGCUUUCACUUGGAGCCACCUCCAUACGUGGCAGUACAGAGAGCAAGAGUGAGGCGGAGCAUUUCCGCAGAGGGGCUUCAGAGUCUCAAAUGUCUGUUACAAGAAUAAUCACUUAAAACUGAUUUGAACAUUUCUUUUUUCUUCCUUAUAGAGUAGAACUAGUCAAUAAUGGUAUAUAGCUACACUGGCUGUUGCUAGAGUUUGUCUGUACAUAAGUUGAGCCGAAAAGAAGCUCCAAUUCUCCUGCCUGUUAUUAUUGUUGGCUCAUUCAGUUUUCAAGAAAAUGGAAAUAGAGAUGAUACAAAUUGAGAGGUCAAACAAUUGCUGUCGUAAUCAAUCACACUAAUAUUUUCUUC